UCUAAAACCCUCUUUUCUCCAUCGUCUUCUUCAUUCGUUCAUCUUCAACCAUUCUCAAACCCUUCAAUUGUCGUCUGGACCAGAAAUCGGUUGAAAUCGACCAAGUUAGGCUAACACAACCUCUUCAAAAUGUUGAGGAGGAACGUAAGGAUGAGGAGGGAGUACCUCUACAGGAAGAGUUUGGAAGGCAAAGAGCGUUUGCUUUAUGAGAAGAAACGCAAAAUCAAAGAAGCUCUUGAAGAGGGAAAGCCGAUUCCAACUGAACUCAGAAACGAAGAAGCAGCACUUCGACAACAAAUUGACCUCGAAGACGAACAUACUGCUGUACCAAGGUCUACUAUUGAUGAUGAAUAUGCUCAUGCUGCUGAAAAGGAUCCCAAAAUUUUGAUUACCACGUCCCGCAAUCCAAGUGCUCCUCUUACUCAAUUUGCAAAGGAAUUGAAGAUUGUAUUCCCCAAUGCAACACGAAUGAAUCGUGGUGGUCAGGUAAUAUCAGAAAUUAUUGAAACCUGCCGUUCUCAUGAUUUUACAGAUGUUAUUCUAGUUCAUGAGCAUCGAGGUAUUCCUGAUGGUCUUAUCAUCAGUCAUUUGCCUUUUGGUCCAACUGCCUAUUUUGGAUUACUCAAUGUGGUAACCAGACAUGAUAUUAAGGACAAAAAGGCUAUGGGAACCAUGCCUGAGGCUUAUCCUCAUUUGAUAUUAAACAACUUCUCAACUAAGCUUGGUGAAAGGACGGUAAAUAUUUUAAAGCAUCUGUUUCCGGUCCCAAAGCCGGAUACGAAGCGUAUUAUCACAUUUGCUAAUCAAUCAGACUAUAUCUCAUUCAGACAUCAUAUCUAUGAGAAACGUGGAGGUCCCAAAUCAAUUGAACUCAAAGAGAUUGGCCCUCGAUUUGAACUACGGCUUUAUCAGAUCAAGCUAGGAACUAUGGAUCAAGAUGAAGCUCAAAUUGAAUGGGUCAUAAGACCAUAUAUGAACACUUCCAAAAAACAGAAACUUCUUGGAGACUGAAAGAAUCAGAGUCUCAUUCUACACAUCAACCAAUUUUGCCAGUAAUGAGAGCAAUGUAAUACCAACAGGUGUGUGUUUCUGCUGUUAGGUUUGGUAAAAGUUUGUUACAAUAUGAUUGCUAUGUGGGUUGUUUUCAGAGGGGCGAUGAAUACAUUCUGCCUAACAAUCUCUUUAGGACAUCACAUAGGGCAUUAGUUUGGAUUGUUUUCUUUAUCAAUGAUUUAGUUACCUCUUUUGCCCUUUGUAAUAUUUGGAUUUAGGGAGGUGAAGCUGGGGAGUUGGAAAUUGUAUUUUUAUAACUAUAAUUAUACUUUUGUUAGUGGAUGCAUUCUUAUAUUAA